CAGGCUGAGGUGAAAAAAUUUUACUUGUAAAAUAUACAUAACAUAAAACUUGGCCGCCGCGCUCCGAGCCCCCAUUCCCGAGCUGCCGCUGUUGUCGCUCGCUCAGCGUCUCCCUCCCGGCCGCCCUCUCCUCGGGACGAUGGCGCGCGGUGGCCGCGGCCGCCACCUGGGGUUAGCCCUGGGGCUGCUGCUGGCGCUGGUGCUGGCACCGCGGGUUCUGCGGGCCAAGCCCACGGUGCGCAAAGAGUGCGUGGUGCGGCCCGACUCGGAGCUGGGCGAGCGGCCCCCUGAGGACAACCAGAGCUUCCAGUACGACCACGAGGCCUUCCUGGGCAAGGAGGACUCCAAGACCUUCGACCAGCUCACCCCGGACGAGAGCAAGGAGAGGCUAGGGAAGAUUGUUGAUCGAAUCGACAAUGAUGGGGAUGGCUUUGUCACUACUGAGGAGCUGAAAACCUGGAUCAAACGGGUGCAGAAAAGAUACAUCUUUGAUAAUGUCGCCAAAGUCUGGAAGGAUUAUGAUAGGGACAAGGUUGAUAAAAUUUCCUGGGAAGAAUACAAACAAGCCACCUAUGGUUACUACCUAGGAAACCCCGCAGAGUUUCAUGAUUCUUCAGAUCAUCACACCUUUAAAAAGAUGCUGCCACGUGAUGAGAGAAGAUUCAAAGCUGCAGACCUCAAUGGUGACCUGACAGCUACUCGGGAGGAGUUCACUGCCUUUCUGCAUCCUGAAGAGUUUGAACAUAUGAAGGAAAUUGUGGUUUUGGAAACCCUAGAGGACAUCGACAAGAACGGGGAUGGGUUUGUGGAUCAGGAUGAGUAUAUUGCGGAUAUGUUUUCCCAUGAGGAGAAUGGCCCUGAGCUAGACUGGGUUUUAUCAGAACGGGAGCAGUUUAACGAAUUCCAGGAUCUGAACAAGGACGGGAAGUUAGACAAAGAUGAGAUUCGCCACUGGAUCCUCCCUCAAGAUUAUGAUCAUGCACAGGCUGAGGCCAGGCAUCUGGUAUAUGAGUCAGACAAAAACAAGGAUGAGAAGCUAACUAAAGAGGAAAUAUUGGAGAACUGGAACAUGUUUGUUGGAAGCCAAGCUACCAAUUACGGGGAAGAUCUCACAAAAAAUCAUGAUGAGCUUUGAUAGACACUCACCAGAAUAUGGCAGACUGUCAUAGGCAUUCUGUUAUUGUCUUGGAUUGUUGCUACAAUUGUCUAAUUUACAGCAGUUGUGAUCCCACAAAAAGCAAGUUUAUACCUCACAUUGGGGUAUAAAAAUUGUUUUUCGCUCAGUAUUUACUGGGAAAUGGACAUCACUAGUCUUUCAGUAAGAUUUCUCUCAAAACAUGUGAAAACCUUGGUAAAUUGCAAUUCUUGCUGGGGAUAUAUUGGUACAACAUGACUUAAAACUUUUUUUUUUUCUAUUAAAACUUAAAGGGGAACAAAACUUGAAAAAGCCCUGUUCUUCAGAAGUUGAGUGGGUUGAGGGAGGCAGUAAUAUGAAGUGACUGCUGUGUAUUUUAACUACCAGAUUUUUUAUAUUUGCCACUGUUAAAUAGUUGGAAAGGGGAAAUUCUGAUUAAGCGAAAGUGGUAUCAUCCUAGGUAAGCUUAUUUCAGAACAAGUCUAAUAUUUCAGAUUCUUUCUUUUCGACUUUAUACUCUGAGUUAUUACUUACUGUAAGUGGUAAUAUGAAACCUCCAUGCAUUUUCCAGUAUGGAUCUGCUAAUAUGCACAGUAAAUCCAUGUCUUUGUUUGUUUUUCUCUUAAAAAGCAAUCAAGAAAGAUAAUGUGAAAAAGAAAGGAAUUUAGAGGUAGGGAAAAGAUGAAUGUCAGACAUUUGAAGAACUAUAGUAAAAUGAUAAACACUAAAUAUACUUGAGAAAACUUUCUUAAUAUGCCAUUGAGGUAGGCCUGAUCUUUGAAAUAGUGAAU